AUGACAGAAGAAAAAGUAAAUAGCAUCUGUGACAGGAAAGAAUCGUGCAUAUUUAACUCAACUCACGGUCUUCCGCAACAUGAAACAUAUGGUUUCGUUCUAAUAGGUAUCGCGGUUUUUUAUGCACUCAUCAUAAUCCUUAUAAAAGCACUGCACACGACAUCUACAAGUAAUACCAUCUUUAUGAUCAUAACCUUGAUCGUGAUGAUUCUAUUUUUUGGUGCGAGGCAAUGUUUAUCGUAA